UGCGUUUUUGUGUUGCCCGUGUGUUUCCGUAGCGAUUACAGCAACGCCACAGAUUUGCAUAUCGCGGUGACCACAUCCGGCGGCGACAUUGUCGAAUUCGAUAGGGAUGGACUGCGGCGGCAUCGGCACGAAGAUAAUCCCCGCGACUGGCGGCAAUCGUUGCUUGUGGGGGAUGUGCCAGAGCCGUGGCAUUACUACUGGGACGAGGUGCUCGAACAGAUUUGUGGCGAUUCAACGCGUUGGUCCAUAGCCCGGUACGAGGAGAGCAGCCACAAUUGCUACACCUUUGUGCUGGCCUUCCUGCAGGCACUGAGCUAUGCCCAGCUCAGCGAUGCGGCCCGCACCAAGACCAGCUUCUGUGAGAAGUACAUUGUGCCCCGAACGACAACGGCUGGCAAAUAUAUCUCUCUCUAUCGCCGACUCCGCCUAACGGGCGUCCACGUGCAGCGCCAUCAGCCCAAGCAACGGCUCUCCAAAUCAGUUGUCGCUACUGGCAAGGAUCUCAAAGUGGCCCACACAAAGGCCAAAACCAAUGGCUCUAUCUGCAGCAAUACGUAUACAGCCCGUUCGCAUCCACGCCAAACCCUCUGCACCAUCGAAGAGUAGUGACAGACUUGAACUAAUCAAAGUCGCAGUCCGCUUUCAAUUCGUUUAAUUAAUUUAGGUAAAAC